CCCCCAACCCCAUCAGCAAACUGACCGUGGAGAGUCAGACCAACAUCUCCAUCACCCUGCGCUGGGAGGCCCCAGACCUUCAGAACUACACCUACUGGGUCCAGUGCACGGGAGACGAUGGCAAGAAGGAGACCCGGAACACGACAGACGUCACGUACACGGCGGAGGGACUCACGCCGGCAACCUCCUACCUGUUCUCCGUGUGGGCGGAGAAGCACGGAGUCCCCAGUUCCGUGCAGACCCAGGACGGCUCCACAGCCCCCAACCCCGUCAGGGACCUGACCGUGGAGAGUCAGACCACCAGCUCCAUCAGCCUGCGCUGGGGGACGCCCCAGGGCCCGGAUCACUCUUCCUACACCUACUGGGUCUCCUGGACCAUGGAGGGCGGGGUUGCCACUGGGACCCGGAACACCCGAGAUACCAGGGUCACAGUGGACGCAAUGGAAGCUGGGACCCUGUACACCUUCACCGUGUGGGCGGAGAGGAACGGAGUCAACAGCAGCAAAGAGACCUGCACAGGGGCCACAGUCCCCAAUGCGGUGAGAAAUCUCCAGGUCCAGGACCAGACCACCAGCUCCAUCACCCUGAGCUGGACAGCUCCCCAGGGCCCGGAUCACCCUCCCUACACCUACUGGGUCUCCUGGACCAUGGAGGGCGGGGUUGCCACUGGGACCCGGAACACCACGGAUACCAGGAUCACAGUGGACGCAAUGGAAGCUGGGACCCUGUACACCUUCACCGUGUGGGCGGAGAGGAACGGGGUCAGCAGCAGCAAAGAGACCCUCAUGUGGGCCACAGCUCCUAAGGAGGUCACAGCUCUGCGGAAUGAAACGCAGACCAACAACUCAAUCGCCCUGCAGUGGAAGGCCCCGGCAGACCCCCGCUAUCAGCUCUACAUAUACUGUGUCCGGUGGGCCGGUGGGGGACCUCCCCAGGGGGAAAGAGACCCCCAAGCACACCAGGUCGACCAGAUAGCCAGGACCAAAGACACUUGGUAUGUGGUGAAGGGCCUGGAACCCGGGACUCCAUACAACUUCAACGUGUGGGCGGAGAGGAGCGAUGUAGCCAGUUCCACACAGAGCCUCCGCGCAUCCACAGACCCGGACCCCGUCACCAGCAUCUCCUGCAACAGCAUCUCUGGUGGCUAUGGGGUCACCCUGACCUGGACCUGCCCCCGGGGCGGCUAUGAGGCCUUUGAGCUGCACGUGGGCGGGCAGCAGGUCUCCGGGGACCGAGCCUCCUGCGGGAAGGGCUUAUCUGUGUCCAACCUCCAGCCCGCUCAGUCCUACGCAGCCACGGUCAAGACCAUCUGGGACGGACUGAGGGCCCCAGCUGCCUCCGUGACCUGCCACACGGAGAGUGCAGGUGAGCACAGCCCCAGGGGACACACAGUCUCUCCUGACCCCCUCAGGCCCUGCGCGGACGGAGUCUGACCUAC